AUGAACUCGAGCUGGGAUAACUUCCAUAAAACAGCGUCCGUCGAGGAGAGCAUCGUCUCGAACCCUUGGGACACCGCUUCCAACAACGGGAACAAAAACAUCAUCAACCUGGUUGCUCCAAAUCCCAUCUCACCCAUCAUCUCUCAGCAGCAGCAGCAACAACAACUGCAGCAGCACCAUCAGCAACAGCAACAGCAACAGCAACAGCAACAGCAACAGCAUGACGAUGUUGCUAGCAUCAUCUCAAGCUUGAAUGGCGUUGGUCUUGGCAAUGCCAACGCCCGUGGUCUGGCCAACCAGUCCGGCUUCCUGGGCGGCUACAAGCAGCCUUCAAACCUGAAUGCUUUCGACGAGGCAGUGAUGAGCGAUUCCGGAUCAGAUGCGUUGAGAGACGCAAUUUCGGCAAUAUCUGCUCCUGUUGCCACCCAGCCUUUGAACAAGUCGAGGUUUGGGCCAAACAUGUUCAGUCCUGCCUCCAUUGCCGGCGUCAACGUCACCAACCUGAAGUCGGCCAACAUCGCGUCCACCAACUCAACUUUCUUGGAGAAAUUCGCUUCGGUGACUGAAAAGACAAGAGAACUGGAAUCUAAUAACAUCGGCUCGAGAAGGUCUUCGAUGUUCAACAAUGAGCCAAAAUCUCCUCAACAACUAUUCAGGGAGCCAAGAAAACAGUCUUUCAGUGAAAAAUUGGAGUCUUACAUUUCUGCCACAGCUUCUCCAAACGCUUCAAGACAUUUAUCGUUCAGCUCCGAAGUCAACAACGCAAAUGCCGCUGCCGCAUCGGAACAUAACUCGAUUGUUAACGACCCAAACGUCACCGCUAACCCAUCCAAUUUCAAGAAUAACUGGAACCCGGCAACUGCAGCCACUUUUCACCCAAGCUACCCAAUGAACGAGUUAUCAUUCAUGCAACAACAAUCAAUAAUGAUGUCUUCAUUCCCAAUGGGUCCUCCUCAGAAUCUCCCAAAUAAUGCCUAUUUUCCUCAAAUGUUCCCACCUUUUGUUCCAACCGGUCCUUUCGACGAUAGGGGAAACCGUACGGAUAAUAAGGAAGACUCUGAGAGGGACAGUGCCACUCCUAAGGCUCCCGAAUUCUUUCCGAUAGGUAUAAACAGAUCUGUUUCUCCCUAUGUUAUUGCACCAUUCAACCCAUACAACAUGUUUGGUCCAAACGGAAGUAACAAUGGGGUCUUUCCCUCUAUGAUUCCUGCCCCUGGAUCUCCAAUCGGAACUUCUCCUUCUCCCGGCCGUGCAGGUACUCCUCCUAACAGGAGCUCGAGAUCUCCUCUAUCUAACUCAAAUAAAAAGAAUGGUAAGCCUGCUAAGUUCAAAAACAAACAUAUUGUUAGAUCUCCAAUUUUGGAAGAAUUCCGGAACAACAAGGACAAAAAGUACACUUUGGACGAUAUUGCCAGUCACGGCUAUGAGUUCGCCAAAGAUCAACAUGGUUCCAGAUUCAUUCAACAAGAAUUGGAAACAGCAUCUGAGGAUUCCAAAGAAGCAUUCUUCAAGGAGAUUAGAACUAACUCGAUGGACUUAAUGACUGAUGUUUUUGGUAAUUACGUCAUACAGAAGUAUUUUGAAUAUGGAACAUCCGUUCAAAAGAAAGUGCUGUUCGAAUUAAUGAGAGGCUCCUUCAAUACUCUAUCACUUCAAAUGUACGGUUGUAGGGUUGUUCAACGUUGUUUGGAAGGUAUACCUCUUACCGAUCAGCUGGAGAUAAUGGAAGAACUAAAGCCAAACAUUUUGAACUUAGUCAAAGACCAAAAUGGUAACCAUGUCAUUCAAAAGGCAAUUGAACAGAUUCCGAUCGAAAAUAUUCCAUUUGUUUUGGAUUCUUUGAGACAUCAAAUAUACCAUCUCUCCAUGCAUCCUUACGGUUGCAGAGUGAUCCAAAGAUUAUUGGAAUGCUCUGGCGUUGAAGACCAAGAAUUUAUUCUUAAUGAACUCAAGGGUUUCAUCUACUACUUGGUUCAAGAUCAGUUUGGUAAUUACGUCAUACAACACGUUAUCGAAAGUGGUGAAAAGAAAGAUACUGAUGUUAUAUUGAAGGUGGUUUUAGAUAAUUUGAUUGAGUUGUCAAAACAUAAGUUUGCCUCCAAUGCAGUUGAAAAAUGUAUUAUCAACUUGCCUGUCGAAAGUAGAAUCGAGAUAUACGAGACUAUGCUGAAAGAUAAUUUAACAAAAGAUGGUGAAUUGCUUGAACAGAGUAAUUUGAUGUUGAUGAUGAAAGAUCCAUUUGCCAACUACGUUGUCCAAAAAAUGGUGGAAUUGAUCGAUAUGGAUCGUAAGAGACUGUUGGUGUUAAAGAUUAGGCAGUACUUGAAACUAAUCCAGAAAAAUAGUCACGGUAAACAUUUAGCCAGUAUCGAGAAACUCAAUCAUAUUUACGAUAUUUUCAAUCGUUUGAAGCAAACGGUAGAAAAGGAAGAAACGAAACAGGAGACUAACGAAGAUGGAAUCAAGUCCUAUAGUGGUAAUAAGAAGCAGCUUACUUAUGAAGAAUUGAAGAAGAAAGUUUCACAUUUACCCAGUAUUGAGUUACAUCUAUACCCUAAUGGUAAAAAGGCAAACAAUGGAAAGUCAUCUCGAGAAAUAAGGAGAAUCAACGACACUGUCGAAAGUGUGUUACCUGAUCUUCGGAAAAAAACUGUUACCGAUCGACGUCUGAUUAAAGAACAGAAAAGCAAAGAAUGGUUUGCACUUCCUAGAGUUGAAAUGACUGACGAUGUAAAGCGUGACUUGCUUAUAAUAAAAAACAGGAAAUAUUUAGACCCCAAAAGAUUUUAUCGUGGUGAGAAGUGGGAAAUUCCAGAAAACUUCCAAAUCGGCGAGGUUGUUGCGGGUAUUGGUGAAUACGGAGGACGACUUAAACGCAAGAGCAGGGGUCAAACCAUUGUUGAUGAACUGUUGAAAGAUAAAAACUCCUCGGCCUGGUUUGACAAAACCUAUGGUGAUAUCCAAACAAGGAAGAAAAAUGGUGGUAAAAAAUUUCUAAAAGAUAAAAUAGCGAAGAGAAAGAAGUACUGA